UUCCUUCUUUUUUUUUCCAUUCCCGUUCUGUACCACCUCCCCCAACCCAAACAAAAAAUCCCCAAUCUCAAACCCCCCGCCCAAAACCAAAAAUUCCUAAUCUCUUCUUACCCCUCUUUCUCUCGAUCGACGACACUCUAUUGUCAUUGCCAAGUCAUUCUCUCACACGGUUAACUUGGCUAACCUCGCUGAGGAGGUUUAGAUUGCUUGCUGUCGACGAAUCAAGUUGAAAAAAGGGGAUUUUGCUGAUGAGAACUCGGCAAUGACUGAAUCAGACAUUGAAGAAACUCUCAAGAGACUUGUGGGGGAAUUGAAGAAAUCUCCUGAAGAAGUUUUUGAUGCUCUGAAAAAUCAAACUGUCAAUCUGGUCUUCACUGCUCACCCUACUCAAUCUGUCCGUAGAUCUUUGCUUCAAAAGCACGGAAGGAUUCGUAAUUGUUUAACCCAAUUAUACGCCAAAGAUAUCACUCCUGAUGAUAAGCAAGAACUUGAUGAGGCUCUACAGAGGGAGAUUACCAAAGAAAGAUAACAUAUGAAACUUAUGGUUGGCAAGUGAGGAUGUAGCUCAAAUGAUAUUUCCCAUGUAGGAGUGUGCUUCUUGCGGAAUGCAUGCUUGUGGAGAAUGUGGCUAACUUUUGUUUUUGUUAUCUACAAAGAAUGAUGAGAAAAACAUUUAAUUUUAGUUUAUGUUAUUUUGAAUUAUGAA